UGAAAUAUAAAUGUCAAACUAACGUGUUCUUAAGUUUGAUAAUCAACAAAAUAUUGAACCAUGGCAAUUUUUCGGUGUUUUAGCAGAAAUUUAUUAAUAAAUAAUGCAAAACCGGAUAUUAAUUACUUAAGCUUUUUAUUUCACAAAAAAAUAUCAACCUACGAGUACACCCCUGAUAAUGACCCGACGUCAGUAUUCUUCAAAGAUGAUAUUCAAAGUAAACUGAAAGAGCUGACCAGAGUAGAUUUAAGUAAAGUCUUCCGCAAGAGAAAGUUAGGGUACAAGAAAUUGGAUUUACCAGAAUACACAUUUAUGACUGACGAGCAACUACAAAAGGCAAUGGAUGAUGCAAAUAAUAGGGCAGAAACCAUGUUACAAAUACCGCCAGCUGUAGCAAUUAGGAAAGAUGAUGGAGAAGUAAUCCAUAAAGAUCCUGCUUUGAAAGGCUUAGAAACAUCCAGAUUUGUUUUUACUGAUAUUACAUUUGGAAUAAGUAAUGUAGAUAGAUUGAUUGUUGUAAGAGAAACCGAUGGUACAUUGAAGAAAGCAGAAGGACCAUUAAGAGACAGAAUGAAUCAAGUUUAUUUUCCAAUUCAUGGCAGAGAAAUUAGGAUUCCAAAAAUGUUUGAGGAAUCUCGCUUAAAGAAAGUUUUAGAUGAGAAGGAAUAUGAAUUUGUUUUGGACAGAGCUAGUUUACAAUUUGAGCCAGAUGAUCCAGAAUAUCAAAAGGUCACAAGCACAACAUAUUUGCAUUUAAAUGAAAAUCAUGGUUUUGAUUGUUUGAGGUCAACUAGACAUUUUGGAUCAAUGGUUUUCUUUUUAACUUGGUUUAAAAACAUUGAUAACCUAUUACUUGAAUUGAUUGAAACAUCAAGAAUCAAUGAGGCAACAGUAUUGAUUGAAUUAUAUUCUAAAAUACACAAUGUGGAAUUUGGUUGUAAAGGUAUUGAGCUGGUGGAGAAAUUUAUUGCAGAUUAUAGUCAUAAGAAAGGGGCUUUGGAGUUAGCUGUCCAAGCUUUAAAAGAAAUUGAGAAGGAAAAGCAGGAUCUUGCUCAUGGUAUCAAAGCUGCUCACGGAAGAAGUUAACACAUAAAUUAAUUACCUAGUUUAAUAAAAUAAAAUUUUAAAAUCUGA